CCGGUCCAGUGGCUGUUUACACGGUAGUCGGACUGUGACAUCAGAGUCCAGACUUUAUAAAUGUCAGCAGGCACAAGAAUGAGCAGUUAGCUAACAGCAUCACACAGGUUAGUGAGGCAGACUGAGCUGCAUCAUCAACACGAGCCCCCAUGGACCGACUGCUGUGUGACUGUGUGACAGCUCUGGCUGUACUGCUGUGUGUGGCUACACAGGUGCUGUGCCAGCUGUGUGACAGGCCCUGCCUUUGCCCCAGUUCUGUCCCCCAGUGCCCCACAGGAGUCCCCCUGAUGCUGGAUGGCUGCCGGUGCUGCCAGGUAUGCGCCCGGCUACAAGGCGAGCCCUGCACUGAGAUGUUUCCCUGCGACAGCCAGAGAGGACUGCAGUGCGACUACAGCGCCAGCUUCCCCGGAGACCCUGGGGAGUGUGUCAGUCAGGAGGAUCUGGGCUGUGAAGUCAAUGGCAUCUCUUACCAUGAGGGCCAGUCGUUUCAGCCCUCCUGUGACUCGUACUGCCACUGCAGAGGUGGAGGGGUGAGCUGUGUGCCAACUUGUCCUCUGAAUGCUCGCCUUCCCACUCCGGACUGUCCCAACCCACAACAUAUCCGGCUACCGGGGAAAUGCUGCAAGGAAUGGGUGUGUGAAAACCUUGAGAACACAGUCAUUCAGGAUGCCAUCACAGCCAUGAGACCCGGCAGGUUGUGGCCAGCUCUCCGGAUGGAUCACCCUCUAAACAAACUCGUCCCACCUGCCUCCACCUGUACAGAGCAGAGCACCCAGUGGAGUGCCUGCUCCCAGAGCUGUGGGGCUGGGCUCUCCAUACGAGUCUCUAACCAGAACCCAGCAUGCAAGCUGCAAAUGGAAACUCGACUUUGUAAAGUGCGGCCUUGCCGUACAGUUCAGCCUGCCCCGAGGAAACCCAUGUGGGGACAGCAGGGACGGUGCAAGCCCAGCUACACGUCACCGGGCCCCAUUCGGCUCGUUCACCAGGGCUGCUACAGCACCCGUGCCCACCAGCUCCGGUACUGCGGACAGUGCACUGACUCCCGCUGCUGCACGCCUUAUCAGACCACCACGGCUGAGUUGACCUUCCGCUGCCCCUCCGGCAGACUGCUACAGCGAGCUGUGAUGAUGAUCCACUCAUGUGUUUGUCAUAACAACUGCCCCUACUCACCUUACAGUAACCCUGCUCUGUGGGGAUUCAGGCCCUGAUCGGCCUGUAUGAGCUCUGACUCACUCAGAAAGACUUCACUGACUGAUUCGUAUCACCAGGCGGAUCCACAUAGACAUUCUCUAAUCAACAGACCUUGAAAGAGAAAAUGAUAAUUGUAGAUAUAAACUGUGAUUGAGUUGGGUUGAACGAUGAUCUUCACAUGUGUACAAGCUCAAACUGCACUUAUUCACAACUCCUUUUCACUCCCACCCCUUGGGAAGCCAUUCAUUAUUUGGCAAAUCUAGACGAAAUAAGCAAACUUAGUUUACAGUAGCCCAGAAGUGACAACGUGCUGAACAGGAACAGGAACAGGAACAGGGAAAGAGAUGGAUCAGACAGAGAAGACAAUAUAUAAGAUAAAGAGACAUAAGUGUAUAACCCACAAAGUAAAAGUCAUAUAUUACAAGUGGGUUUUAAGGAAAAUGUGCACUGAUUUGCCUUCUCUGAGACUUUUCCUCCUGGAGGUCAGAGGGCAUGACUCUUUACAGACCCUGAUCAUGUAAUGCCUUGUAUGUGGCAUUUUAAAAUCAAUCCUCAAAGUGACAAGGAGCCAUAAGAGACAAACUAAAGUUGGUGCCAUGUGUGAUUUGUAUUAAGUUUUUCUGGAACAUUUUCAGUCGCAAUAGAUCAAAUUAGCUCCUGAGCAAGAUACACAGUAGUGGAGGCCUGAGGCGAGGAGCUGGGAUCAGAAGUACACUGGGCUAAACAUUUUGGACAAGUGAGCCAAUUAAAUUGAAAGUAAUUCUUCGUUCCACAUCUCGGCCAAGAAAAAUAAUGUUCUUGUAAUUCAAGAAUUUUUUUCUCUACUUAAAUAUGAACUGAGGACAGUUGGCCAUGAGUUUAAUAUGGUCAUAAAGACAGUUUUAAAGACAUACUUUAAUACUACUGCUAAUCGGCAAUAUACGGUAUGUCUUAGAUGCCAAAGAACGACCCCAACCUUUGUGUUGACAGAUAUUGAGCAAAGCAACUUUUAACUUGUACAGUUCUUGUGUGUUUGUAGUCACGUGACAUUGCACUUAUUUCUUAAUUUUCUUAUUUUGUUGUAAAUAAUUCCAGACAGAUGUAUAGUGAAAAAUGUCUCAAUAUUUUACAUACGACUUGUAUUUUUACUCUAAAUGUUUUGUAUAUUUUUCCACAGAUUUAUAUAGUCAUGUUGUACAUACUGUAGCUUUCACCUAAUCAUUCAUCAAUCAUUACUGUGCAGUACACAAUACAUAAAUACACAGCAUUUUGGUAUUUUAUAUGAUUAAUGAAGGAAAAUUAAUGAUUA